UCGUUGUAACGUUUAACGACAGGCGUCAUUCGUCUAGCUUACCGGUUGGUUGUUCAGUCUUAUGCUAGAAAUGAACGCAGACAAUCGACUUCGUUUAACCUGCCGCACGACGACAACGUGCCGAGAGUAAAAGAGGAGACACAUAAAGAAAGAGAGAGCGUCAAAAAUAGUAGAAGAUGGAAGACGAAGUCUCGCGCGUCUGUUGUGUCGGAACGCGACUUGUAUAAUAAUAAGAAUCGUUGGGGUCGAGUAAACACUGUAUUCCUAUAUCGAAAAAACAUUUAAAAGCUGCUUUGAAAACGAUUACUUUGAAGAUGUCAUUGGUAUCGUUAGUUUCAAGAGCGAAAAAAUCAGAGAAAAAUAAAUAAAUAAACGAAGAGAGGGAGAAUAUAAAUAUUGUUUUCAGUAUAAUAAGAAAUGUUAGCUAUUAACUAGACCGAGUAGUGCCGACACGUGCCACUUGCCUCCGGUGGGGCUGACGUAUUUUUAACGAACCAAAGGAUUCCUGGCUAUGGGGUCGACGAUGGCCGAGAAUAGCAGAUUUCGUUUCUGCUUAUGUAGCCGCUCAAGAGAAACGAGAAUGGAGUGAAAAAACGAAAGUGUGAUAGAAAGAGAGAGAGAGAGAGAGUGGGAGAGGCGCGUAUUAUAAUCGGCCGAGCCCUGUACGCCAGAUGGUACCAGCUGGAUGACGCACCGAAGUUGAAAACAUCCCGUCUCCGGCGCGAUUCCGCCCACGGAAUCACUCGCGAAGGAAACGAUCGCGUAAGCUUCGUCGUCCUCUUCUUUGCAAUCACGUGUCUUCUAGCCAACUGCGUUUAACGGAUCUGGUGUAAUGGCGGAAUCGGAGAGAGACGGAUCCUGCAGCUGUGGGGACGAGGACGACAUGUCUGGUCUACACUCGUUAAGUGCAUCCGAAGACAGUGUGGAGGUACAAGUGAUACCAAUUUCUUUGAGAAACAAGAGGAAACUCGCCGAGCCGAGAAAGAUUCAGGAACCGAGUACGGCACCGUUAAAGAAGCGAAGGUUCGAACAGAUCGAGGAAACGAUUGUUGCGGACGAGGAAUCAAGACCUGCUAGAUCACCGAGCCCUUUCAGGCCCUGGAGUAGCUCAACUAGCAAAAGCAAUGACACAAAGAAAGCAACAUCUCCAAGUACUAGUACUUUGAACAGCAAUACUCUUCCUACGAUUUUAUCUUCCACGUCGACGAGUAUUAGUACUCAAGAUAUAGAAAGGGAGCUGGAGGAAGAUACCAAAAGAAGAAAAGAAAUUACAAGAAUCGAAGAAGAAGAGUUGCUUAGGAGAUUACGAGAUGUGUCUAACCGCAGCCCGAAUUCUACGAUUCAGAUAUGCGGUAACUUGGUUUCGAGAAGAGAAACGCGUCAGAGGUUCGAACAAUCGACACCUAGGAGUUCUUCUCCAAUUCCUCCCACAUCUGGAAUCGUUAUUCCUCCUCAUCUGAAACUCCAGGAGGAACCACUAGCGCUCGUCUUAAGAGGAGAAAUUCCAAGAGUGCCAUCGCAUCCAGCUGUCAGCGGAACUUACGAAAGAGCACCAUCUUCUUAUCCGUUAGAUCAUCAAGAGUCGCAUCAUUCUCAUCAUCAUCGUCAUCAUCAUCAUCACCAUCACCAUCCUCAUCAGAAUCAUCCUAUUCCUCCGCAUCGGCAACAAAGUCAUCAAGCAUCGACUACGCAACUGACCAAUCACUCAAGGCAUCUCCAAGGUACCGCCUCUGGAGGAGGAACUGGUCAACAACGAAAUUACAAAAAUAUGACACGUGAAAGAAGAAUCGAAGCCAAUGCCAGAGAAAGAACGCGAGUUCAUACGAUAAGCGCUGCUUUCGAAACCCUAAGACGAACCAUACCCGCUUACUCGCAUAAUCAAAAACUGUCUAAGCUCUCUGUCCUUAGGAUUGCAUGCAGUUAUAUUGCGACUUUAACUAAAAUCAUGAAUAUUCCUGAUGGUCAACCGAUAAUCGGUCAAUCUUUAGGUGAAUGCGUUAAUCACGUCUCUGAGACGAUUCAAACCGAAGGAAAAUUAAGAAAAAGAAAAGGAGAUUAAGCGAUGAAAUUUUUCUGAAAAUAACAGAUUUGAAACAAGUUUUUAAUUAAGCUUAAUAUUGAAAGAUCUGUGACGAACGAUCGAAUAAUUUGAAGACGAUAUACACUUCCUUAAAAUACGCAACGAGACAAUACAAAACAAAAAUACCAAUUGUUAGAGCUCAAUAUUUAAACACUUGAACUUCUCUUGGCUUUCCUUUUAAAAAAUCUCGCAAUUUUGAAAAACUUCAUUCGUACUUAGCUUCUUAUUCAACGAGCUUGGAAUAAAUACUACCGUAUAACUAAAAAAAAACGAAUAUGUUACAUGUGUAAUGAUGAAGAUUAAAAUCUGAUUCAAAAUAUAGAUGUACAAUGUUAAGAUUUGUAAAUAAAAUAACUGAUCGAAGAGUUUUUUGUAUGUACAAUUAAUCUCGCACCUAAGAUGUAAAAAAUGAUGAUGAUAAUAAUAAUGAUGAUAACGAUGAUGAUAAUGAUAAUGAUAAAUAAUAUCGAACA